UUGACACACACACACUUGCACACACACACUUGCACACACACUUGCACACACACUUGCACACACACACUUGCAUACACACACACACACUUGCACACACACACACACACACUUGCACACACACUUGCGCACAUACACUUGCACACACACUUGCACACACACUUGCACACACACACUUGCACACACACACUUGCACACACACUUGCACACACACUUGCACACACACACUUGCACACACACUUGCACACACACACACUUGCGCACAUACACUUGCACACACACUUGCACACACACACUUGCACACUCACUUGCACACACACACUUGCACACACACACUUGCACACACACACUUGCACAUACACACUUGCACACACACACUUGCACACACACUUGCACACACACACUUGCACACACACUUGCACACACACACUUGCACACACACACUUGCACACUCACUUGCACGCACACACUUGCACACACACACUUGCACACACACACUUGCACACACACACUUGCACAUACACACUUGCACACACACACUUGCACACACACUUGCACACACACCUGCACGGGCAGUCUUUUCGUGAGUCCAAUCCAUGGCCUUGAUUCCUCCCGCUCAGCAUCGGCUGGGAUGCAUUCUACAUGCCUGCUGUCACACUCACACACUCUUCACACACUCUUUCCUUCACACACACACUCUCCACACACUCUCUUCACACACACUCUCCUCACACACACUCUCUUCACCACACACUCUCUUCACACGCACAUUCUUCACACACUCUCUUUCCUUCACACACGCUCUCUUCACACACACUCUCUUCACACAUACCUACACGGCCAGUCUUCUUGUGAGUCCAAUCCACGACCCGCCCUUCCGCCACUGCACUGCUCAACACUCAGCAUCAGCUCAAAGCAGCUGGGCUCCAUUCUACACGCCGACAAUCACACACAGUUUCUCCCCCCCUCCCUCACACACACACUGUUUCUCCCCCCUUCCCCCCACACACAGACGCACACAUGCACCUGCACGGCCAAUCGUCUAGUGAGUCCGAUCCACGGCCCUCCCUUGCGCCACUGCUCAACACUCAAAAUGGGCUCAAAGCGGCUGGGCUCCAUCACACGCCGACAG